AUGUCGUCCACUUCGGCAAGGAGACUCAACAUCGACAACAUCAACCCUCAUGUCAGGGAGGCCAAGUAUGCCGUGAGGGGUGAACUCGCCGUCAAGUCUGAGGAGUACCGUGCCAAGCUCGCAAAGGGCGAUACCGACCUCCCCUUCACCCAGGUCAUCUCCGCCAACAUCGGCAACCCACAGCAGCUCGACCAGAAGCCCAUCACCUUCUUCAGGCAGGUCCUGAGUCUGCUCGAGAACCCAUUGCUUCUGCAGCAUGAGGACGUUCUCCUGAACCAACUCGGCUACAAGACCGAUGUCAUCGAGAGGGCCAAGUGGCUGCUGAGCAAGGCUGGUUCAGUUGGAGCCUACAGCGCCAGCAAUGGCGUCCCCGCCAUCAGGCAGAGCAUUGCCGACUUCCUCGAGAGACGAGACGGCUUCCCCGCCAAUGAGGCUGACAUAUAUCUCUCGGGCGGUGCCUCGUCGGGCGUCAACACCCUGCUGCAUAUUAUCUGCGAGGGUCCCAAAACAGGUAUCCUGGUGCCAAUCCCUCAGUACCCCCUGUACACCGCUUCCCUCUCCGUCCUGAACGCCACAUGCGUCCCCUACUACCUUGAUGAGUCUCAGAACUGGGGCACCGACCUCGAGGCCAUCAAGAAGGGCUGCGCGGAUGCAAAGGCCCAGGGCGUCGACGUUCGCGCCAUCGUCAUAAUCAACCCUGGCAACCCCACGGGCGCCAGCUUGUCUGAGGCCGACAUACGCAGCGUCAUCGACUUUGCGCGUGAGGAGAAGCUGGUUGUGAUGGCGGACGAGGUGUACCAGACCAAUGUGUUCAUUGGCAAGUUCGUCUCCUUCAAGAAGGUCCUGCGGACACUGCAGAAGGAGAACCCCGGAAAGUACGACACCGUGGAGCUUGCCUCCCUGCAGUCUGUCUCGAAGGGCAUGGUGGGCGAGUGUGGCCACCGCGGUGGCUACUUCGAGCUGUGCGGCUUCGACCCCAAGGUGCAGGCCGAGAUCUACAAGUUCGUGUCCAUCACGCUGUGCGCGCCCGUCAUCGGGCAGUGCCUGGUGGAGCUCAUGGUCAACCCGCCCAAGCCUGGCGACCCAAGUUACGAGCUGUAUGACAAGGAGUACAACGGCAUCUUCAACGGCCUCAAGGAGCGCGCCUACGCCCUGUGGCGCGCUUUCGAGAAGAUGGAGGGCGUGGAGUGCGGCGAGCCUCAGGGUAGCAUGUACCUAUUCCCCACCGUCAAGAUCCCGGCCAAGGCGAUCGAGGCGGCGGCUGCCGAAGGCCGCUCGGCCGACGAGUUCUACUGCCUGAGGCUGCUAGAGGCCACGGGCGUCUGUCUCGUCCCCGGUAGUGGAUUCGGCCAGAAGGAGGGCACGCUGCACUUCCGGACGACAUUCCUCGCCCCCGGCACCGAGUGGGUCGGCUCGAUUGUCAAGUUCCACGAGGACUUCAUGAACAAGUACCGAUAG